AUGGCGUCUCCUGAACCUCUUCAGUCCCCCGAAGGACAGACCCGUUUAGUGCGACAUUUUGAGGGGCGCUCGAUUGAUGAUCAUAGUGCGGCAUGGUCUAAUCUCUGGGACACUGACAAUAGCGAUAUGUGGGAUAGGGGCAAGCCUUCACCCGCGUUGAUCGAUGCCCUCGAACAAAACCAAGAUACCUUCAAUCCUAUUACAGCUGACGGGCGGAGGAAAAGAGCCCUAGUGCCUGGAUGUGGGAAAGGCUAUGACGUGGUGAUGCUCGCUCUACAUGGGUUUGAUGCAUAUGGACUGGACGUAUCAUCAAAAGGAGUUUCUGUCGCAGAGGAGUAUGCCGGGAAAGAGCUUCAAAGCCCACAACCAUAUAAUUUUGGAGCUGAGGGAACUGCCCGUGAGAGGGGAAAUGUGUCCUUCAUCGAGGGUGAUUUUUUCAAAUCAAAAUGGGAAGAUGGGAGAAAGUUUGAUCUGAUUUAUGACUAUACGUUCCUUUGUGCUCUUCAUCCAACGAAUCGCCGUGAAUGGGCUUCACGCAUGGCGGAUCUCCUACUUCCGGGAGGCUUAUUGAUCUGCCUUGAAUUCCCUCUCUUCAAGGACUUGAGUCUUCCUGGGCCUCCAUGGCCUUUGAAGGGCGUGUAUUGGAAUCUGCUGGUCGAAGGUGGCGAUGGCCUCGUUACCAAAGACCGGGUGAUCAGUGAUUCUGUGGAUGGGUCCUUCGUGAGAAAUCUUUACAUCAAGCCCGAGACUUCAUAUGAGAAUGGGAAAGGGACAGACAUGUUAAGUGUUUAUGCUAAGAAGUAA